AUGGCCACCAAGGCCAAGGACAACACUGAAUCUGCAGUGUCGGCUCCGAGCGAAGACCUCAUAUUCAUAACUUACCAGGGUGACUGGCACCACGAUCCCGAGACACGGCGUAUCGUUCGCAAACGGGCAUUCGACUCGACUCGGGUGGCCAAAGUGCCUGCAGUGUCUACGGGCAGUUCGCAGACCAACAGCGGAUCCUUGAGAGAUCAACAGCAUCGCUUUCGAGUCUCUAAACAACGCAAUGUCCCUCUUCACAAGGUAGACCAGUUGCAAGAACUACCACGCUCAGUGUCGCCGCUUGAGCCAACGCUGAGACGCUUGGGAGAUGAUAGCUACCGGAUCCUUGGAUACUAUCAUCACACAUUCCAGCAAAACUCGCUCGCCAUCAACGUCGAGGGAGGCUGGCUGGCUUUCACUCUCUCUGAUGAAGCUGUGACGCACGCACAGCUGGCGUUGACUUCUUUGACCUUAGAUGUCGACUCGUCUGGCAAGACCUCCUACCUCAAGCACAGCUCUGCUUCCAUGCAACUCAUCCGCGGCAGGCUGUCAAACAAUGCUGGACAGUUUGACGAUGCUGUUGUUGGAGCCGUGGCUCUGUUGCUGAUUGCAGAGAGCCUACAGAGCGACGUGACCAGUUCUAAAUCUCAUUCAGAUGCUUUGAACUCCAUGUUGGCACUAAGAGGAGGCUAUAACGGCUUCUCUCACCUCGCAGCGCUGCAACGAGUCAUCUCAUGGGCCCGCCGAGCGUACGGCUUGAGAUGGUUGCGGCCGUCAGGAGCACCUCAAGUCACGAACUGCCUUCCCGACGAAAUCGAUCCGUUGGCCAAAUCGAUCAGAGAUCUCCAGAGAGACCAGAUGCCAGAUGAAAUCCGAGCUAUCCUGCCGGACAGUCUGCAGCAGGUUCUGGCUGGAUUCCAGACCGUCUCUAUCUACCAGUCACAACCCGGCCAGACCAAACAGAAAUGGAUCAGCGCGGCCAUCUUCGAAGUCGAGAGAAUGCUCAUGUACCUUGACGAUAAUAGCUUUGCAAGGCUGUUCCGGUCUCCUCGCGAGUAUUGUCCUCUGUCGAGCCUUUUCCAUCUAGCUGGGCAUAUAUACCUUCUGAUCGUCUUGCGGCAGAUCCACAGGCAGUUUCCAAUCGUACAGGCAUUCGCCGAUGUCCUCGCGUCGAAGUUGAAAGCUUAUCACAGACGGCGGGUUGCCACAGAAAAUACGCAGGGAGAGAAGCAAUUGCUGCUCUGGAUCCACACACUUCAGUGCAUUAGUACGGUCGAGUCGGAAGUCAGACUUGAGGCUCAGAAAGGCUUGUUGUCCGUCUGUCAGGCUAUGGAGAUCGUGGACUUUGCUGGCUUCUCGAACACCUUGAAACAAGUCGCAUGGGUUGAUCGGACGCUUGGAGAAGAUCUCUCCGAUGUCUGGAACACCAUGAUGACUGCAGCGAAGAAUCUAAGGAACGUCUCUUGCUUCGUGCUACGGAAAUCCACUACGACGUCUGCUCCAACUCUUUGUCCUGCUGUCUAUCAACGAAGCAUCGACCCAACAAACCCGACUUCGAGAGGCGGAUGA